AUGGCGCACUACGAGUCGAAGCUCUCCUGUGGGUGUUGUCCUGUGGUAGCUCUCCUGUGGGUACUCUCCUGUGGGUGCUCUCCUGUGGGUGCUAUCCUGUGGGUGCUCUCCUGUGGGUGCUCUCCUGUGGUAGCUCUCCUGUGGGUGCUCUCUCCUGUGGUAGCUCUCCUGUGGGUGCUCUCCUGUGGGUGCUCUCCUGUGGAUGCUCUCCUGUGGUAG